GGCACAGAGGAGCAAGUGAUGCAAAACAAACCACCCGCUAUCAAGAAAAAUCUUAUGCAGAUUUCCAACAUAGGCCUUAAGAGGCAUAAUCCCAAUACAAAACAAAAGAUGACUAGCCAAGACAAAGUAGGUUUGAAUGAGGAAAGCUCAGAAGUUCAAGAUGAGUUCAAGUGUGCUGGAGAUUUUGAAAGUGAGUGGUCACAGGAUGAAGAUAAACUGGUUUUGCAGAAAAAAUUUGAAACAUGAUACAGUCAGCAAGAAAAUUGAUAAUGAUACUCUGAACAAAGGGAUAGACAGAAAUGAUAUUUGUGAUGUACCAAAAAAAACGUCAUCUAUUGUCAAAGUCAAAGAGGAGAAACCGGUUACUAAAGUAGCCAAAUUGAAAACACCUACCUAUAAAAUAGCACCAAAGAGUGCCAGGGCAGUUAAUCCAGCUGGUGUUAGACCAGUUAUUGGUAGACCUGUGCAGAGAAAUCAGACCCUCAGGGAUACAAAGACCAACGUUCAACGUCGUACCCCAAACAUCCGUAGAAGGUCUAAAGAUUUAAAAGUCUCUGUACAGGCUUCAUCAGAGCCAAGUUCCCAGACUGUUGAGGUACAAACAAGCCCUGCAGCAUUAAAAAGUGAUGCUUCAACAAACACACAAAUAAAAUAUACAUAUGGAAGAUCCCUUGACCCUAAAUUGAUGAGCGAGCUUGAGACACUCAGCAAGGAACAAGAUGAUAUUGCAAAGGAAGCACUGCUUAUCAGAGAGAGAACUGCAAUGAGACAGAAGAGAAUGAGGGAAGAUGGUAUUCUGGAUAGUUUUGCUGCCACAAUAUCUCCCCUCAAAAGAUUAAAGGCUAUGAUGCAAGAGAAAAAAACAUUUGUUCAUUCUACAAAGAAGGAAUAUGACUCCUCAGAAAAGGGCUCCCAGUCACAAAUCAACAAGAGUGUCCAAUUCAGUGAAACUUCAAUAUUUUAUGAAGCACCAGAGAUAGAUGAACAGCAAGAAGAAUAUGAGACACCAGACACAAGUAUUCAAAUGUGUAACAGCUUAAAUGCCAGUCUGUCACAUUGGAAUUCCUUGAAAGGUAACAAUAGCUUUCUCCAAACACCAGUUUCAAAAAAAGAGCCCAUUCAAUCAGCCAAAGAAGAAAGAGAAGAAUUCCUUCCUCCUACAAAUGACGUCCCUGGAGAGAAAUCACCAUUUACCGAACUAGCUGGGAAUUGUGAACGUCCAUCACUAGCUCCCCUCACACCUCACUCCCGAAAAGAAGUGUCUGUUUUAAAGCUGACAUUGCGGAAACAGUUAGAGCAGUUAUAUGAUUAAUUUAUUUGUUCUUUUAGAGGUUAUAUUUAGUUCUCCAUUUUGAGGCAAAACACUUGCUUUUAAACCUUCUUUUUUUUUUCUGUAAAGGUACUGUUUAACAGUUUAUAGUUCUUAACUGUAAAAUAUGUUGCCUAGCCAUAAGUAUAAAGAAUCAGUAUUAGUGGUAGUCUUAUACUAAAUUUACUAAUAUUGUUAGGGUAAAAAGUUUUAUUUGCAUGAAAUUACUUUUUUUAAGUAAUUAUAUAUUUUAUAUGAAAAGAAAUGCUGAAAAUAUAUAUUUAGGUAAAACAUGUACAAAUAUAUUCAUGUGUACUCAUUUUGGAAUCUAUUUUUUAAUUAAAUAGAAGAAAUAUGUAUAUUUGUUAGAAUGAAAUGGAUAGAUAUUGUUAUAACUAGUUAGAUUCAUUUAUUCCAGUCAUAUUUUUUUCAUUUCCUGAAAAAUAAAAUGUUUACAUGUAUGUAUAUAAACAAAAUGUCCACUAAUUUACAAGGAAAAUAAAAUGAUUAGUAGUAUGUCACUCUUGUAUUUCAUUCAUUUAUGUUUCUGUAGGUAAGAGAGGAGAAUGUUCUCAUGUUUAUAUGAACAUUAUAUGUAAUGUGCACCACUUUGAGGAAAACAAACUGAACAGCAGACAGACAGUCACAUAUGUU